CGCCGCUCUGACAUUAAUGCGUCAGUAUUAACAGAGACAGAAUCAGACACGUGUGCUGGCUCUGGGACUUUAAAAACACUCUCUGUGUACCUGCUCCAGCCCUGAUUUGGAAAGUUUGAUGUCAGGUGUUAUGGUCUGAUUAUAAACCUGUAGUUGAAGGAUUAAGGAUAUUGCAGCUUUAGCUCUCUGAGAGUGAUUAUGGAGGAGGAGCAGCGAAAGCAUCUUAUUUUUGUUGACUAAUGUCCUGCUCAGCUGCUGGCAGACAUGUUGAUUUAGGGAUUCAGUAAAAUAUAGACCAACCUGCAGAGAACUAUAAAAGGAAAGAGGACGGAGCGUCUGAGAGGGAGAACAUGGGCACAGAUCAGAACCACACACAUGCAGUCCAGCAGGCCAGCUUCCUGCUCAGAGCGGCUCUGCUCUCCGUCCUGUUGCUUGGCCCCCAGCAGGGAGCGUCGGACUCGGACGAGGACGUCCUGACGGAGUGGGAGAUCUGGAAGCUCAGUAAUGGAGUCAGCUACGAUGAACUGGACGACCUGCAGAGACGAGCCAUCUGGGAGGAGAACAAACGGAUCAUCGAGAACAACAAUCAGGGGUUCAUGAUGGGAUGGAGGCCGUUCACCAUGCUCAUGAAUAAAUACGGAGACCUGACCAGACAGGAGUACCAGGUGCUACAAGGCGCCAUGAUCGACGCCCAGUUUGUGAAGCGAGGGAAGACCGUCUCUGCUCAAAAGCUGCGAAACAACGCCCGGAAGUUUGACAGCUGGUUUGUGGACUACAGGACUCUGGGUUACGUGACUGAAGUGAAAGACCAGGGUUACUGCGGCUCCUGCUGGGCCUUCAGCACUACAGGGGCCAUUGAGGGACAAGUCUUCAAGAGGACAGGCCAGCUGGUCUCUCUGAGCGAACAGAACCUGGUGGACUGCUCCAGAACCUACGGUACCUACGGCUGCAGCGGCGCCUGGAUGGCCAACGCCUACGACUACGUGGUUAACAAUGGGCUGAUGUCGACCAGCUCGUACCCGUACACGUCUGCGGACACUCAGCCGUGUUACUACGACAACAGACAGGCGGUCGCUCACAUCAAGGACUACAGGUUCAUCCCUAAAGGAGACGAGCAGGCGCUGGCUGACGCUGUGGCAACCAUUGGACCAAUCACAGUUGCCCUGGAUGCAGAUCAUUCAAGCUUCCUGUUCUACAGCUCAGGGAUUUACGAAGAGUCCAGUUGUAACCCGAACAACCUGAGCCACGCCGUGCUGCUGGUGGGGUACGGCUCAGAGGGAGGGAAGGACUACUGGAUCAUCAAAAACAGCUGGGGCUCCAGUUGGGGAGAAGGCGGCUACAUGCGGAUGAUCCGUGACGGCUCGAAUACGUGUGGCAUCGCGAGCUACGCUUUAUAUCCUGUUAUGUGAUUCUGGAUGCUAAUGCUAACUCUGCUGAUGGACUGCCAUCAGGUCAUUCCGUCACAGUCCUCGUUGUCUCUAAAGCACUCCUGUCGUCCGUGUUUUCUAAACUUUCCUGAGACUCUAUUCUUUUGUUCAAAGACUCAAACCAGCCUUAAAUAACUCACCGAUUCUCUCAGGGAUGAAGUCUUAACACGCCCCGCUCUGUUAGCCUUCAGACCUCACAGAUUACAAAACAAGUUUCUAUAAUUAAAGACUGUUACUUUGACCCAAGCAGGCGCACACUCCUCCUUAAAUUAAUACAAAAAUAAAAUACAAUAAGCUCAGAAGUGAAGCUGCACGCCCAUAGAGGUCUGACCACAGCAUCAUUUAAAAAGGUAGAACUAUGCAGGAGGUCGUCCGGCCCCCUGUGCAACCAGAGUCCAACGCUGCAGUAUUACUUUAGCCUAAACCAUUAUCUCUCCGGUGAACAUGACUGAGAAGGGUUUACAGUCACAGUUUGGGGCAGUGGUGUAGCU